AACGCCCAGCAAUGCCAGUAACAGGUUGACGUUUAGCGACGCCAAAUCUUGACCAAUACGGCGUCGUAUUGAGUGAAGAAGGACAAAUUUACUUCUACAAUCGUACAAAGCUCAGCGUUCAACUACGCCGGUGAAUUUCUCGAAGAGAAAGCAGCUCAAAGAUUAAAAAUGGCGAUUUCCGGGGAUGUCGGAGUUUUCGCAACACUAGCACCUCAUCAUCUUCCUUUCAAGUUCUCUUUCCAUUAUUGUUCUUCUUCUAAGAUAGACGUUUCAAGUUACCCAAGUGGAGUGCUUAGUAUCUCUGAGAUAGCACCGAAAAAAUUGAGCAGUGUGUCUCAUAGCUCGAGUUUUCGCUGCCAGUCCAAUCUGACAUUUGGAGUCACAGGAGAUGAUAAAACAUCUGUUAAAUCCUUCAAUCAAGAUGCCGAAAGUUUUUUACUGAAUGCUAUUAAUUUGAACUUCUUUGAGCGGUUGAACCUUGCUUGGAAGAUUAUUUUCCCGCCUCCAAGUGCAAGAAAGAGCUCCAAUGCAAUGAUUGCUAAGCAACGCUUAAAGAUGAUCUUGUUUGCUGAUCGGUGUGCUGUUAGUGACGAGGCCAAACGGAAGAUUGUGAAGAGCGUCGUGAGUGCUUUGUCAGAUUUUGUGGAAAUUGAUUCCCAGGAGAAGGUUAAGCUCAACGUCUCAACUGAUACAGAUCUUGGAACUGUAUGUUCUGUUACCGUCCCUGUAAGGCGAGUGAAGACAGAAUAUCAGGAGGAGCCAAAAUCUGGAUCAGUAAUGAAUAUUGAAUACAAAGACAAUGGUAAUACAUCAGGUGCUGUAGAUGUCCGAUUUGAUUUUUAUAUUCCAGAUGAGAACCCGGUUAUGUGAGCAUAUACGUGCCUUCGCUAGGUUAACCUAUGUUUCUUAGUAGAUGGCACUUUUGAUCCCAAUGUAGAUCAACAAGAUGUUUUUGUAUUCAUGAUCCUUUCAGAAGGAUUACCACUUAGAUUCUCUUGCAUUCCUGUAAAUAUAAGAUGUUAAUUUCCAGAGAGAUUGAAAGAUCUUA